AUGGCUCCGGAAAAUUUUCAGCAGGUCUCGGUUGACCAAGUCCAUAUAUACUCGCCGUUCUGGUCGGCAAUGCAGAAGCGUGCCAGAGAAACGACAGUCCCCGCCUUGAUAGAAACGCAGAAAUCGCUGGGUCAUUGGGAUUGCCUGACGUGGGGGGAAGGGCAUCCCGUUGAUUUGCACCCGUUUUGGGAUAGCGACAUCUAUAAGUCUGUCGAGGCCGCCUGCUACUUCCUGCAAGCAAAGCCUGAUGACACUUUGAUGGCUGCCGUUGAGGAGGCCGUGGACAUGAUUCGCGGUGCGCAGCAUUCGGACGGGUACAUCAAUGCCUAUUACACCGUCAAGGGUAUGGGGCAGAGGUGGACCAAUCUGCGCGACAUGCACGAGCUUUACUGCCUGGGUCACCUCGUGGAAGCCUGCGUGGCGUACGAGACCCUAACUAGCAGCGGCCGGCUGCUCGAGCCAGUGCGGCGAGCCAUCCAGCAUGUCGAUUCUGUUUUUGGCGUUGAGCAAGGCAAGAGGCGCGGCUAUCCUGGGCAUCAGGAGAUUGAGGUCGGCCUGCUCCGCCUUUACGAUCUCACGAAGGAGGACAUCUUUCUCAAGGUGGGAAGCUACUUCAUAUACGAGCGCGGCCGCAGAGACAAUAACGGAGAGAUCUACUUUGAUUACGAGGCAAAGGCCCGCGGCGGCAACCCAUACACCAACUUGUUUGCUGAGAUGAAGCCUUGGUAUCGUGAUCCUCGGGAUUACGGUUACCAUCAGGCUGACCGCCCAUUUAUCGACACCACGGAGCUCAAGGGCCAUUCCGUCCGAGCUAUGUACUACUGCACCGCGGCUACAGACCUGUACCGUGUAACCGGGGACGCACGCCUGAAAGCAGCGUUGGAUCGGCUGUGGCGCGAUAUGGUGGACAGGAAGAUGUAUGUCACGGGUGGCCUUGGGGCUAUGCGCCAGUGGGAAGGAUUCGGCCCGGCGUACUUUCUCAACGAUACUGAGGAGGAGGGAACCUGUUACACAGAGACCUGUGCUACUUUUGCCAUGAUUAUAUGGUGCCAGAGAAUGCUGCGGCUGCAGCUCAACGCCGAGUACGCAGACAUCAUGGAGGUAGGGCUUUAUAAUGGGUUUCUCGGUGGGGUCGGCCUUGAUGGAUGCUCUUUCUACUACGAAAACCCGCUCAGGUGCUACGCCGGCAAACCCAAGGAGCGGUCCCGGUGGUUCGAGGUGGCAUGCUGCCCACCCAACGUUGCCAAGCUCCUCGGCCUAUUGGGGAGCCUGAUCUACUCGUAUAAGCAAGGCGUCGUGGCCGUGCACUUGUACAUCGAGAGCUCUUUCACCUUGCCCGGAACUGACGUCGUUGUCUCGCAAAAGAGCGGGAUGCCGUGGGCUGGCGACGUGGAGAUGACGGUGCAGGGCUCGACGGCGCUGGCCCUCCGCAUCCCGGGCUGGGCUGACGGGUACACGUGCUCGGUGGCUGGCAAGGAAGAGAACGGCUACCUGCACAUCCCAGCUGCAGCGGUGGUGGGGCAAACGGUGAAGCUGCAUUUUGGCAUGCGGACUCGCAAGGUGUACGCCCAUCCACGAACGGGCAAAGACGAGGUCUGCAUUAUGCGUGGCCCGCUGGUCUACUGCAUGGAGGAGAUCGACAACGACGGUGUGGACAUGGACAACGUCGCGAUGGUCGACGGGCCGAUCAAAGAGGGUGAGCCCAUGUCAAUCGGGUCCGUGUCUUCUGUGAUCCCCGCCAUCGCCGAAGGCAGACAGCUGUCGGUGGACGUCACCGGGUCGCCGCUGUAUCGCUCGUAUCCUUGGAAGUACGCACCAGAGGCGAAGCGGCUUGUCUAUGUGCCUUUCUUCCUGAGGGCGAACCGCGGUGGGCCUGGCGGCAUGCGGGUCUGGGCCCGACGCCUUCCAGUAGAGACGGUAUAG